AUGCAAUCGAUCGAUCCCAACGAGGAAUCGGUCUUCGAGCCGCCGCCCAAGUACAAGUUCGUGAUGCAGCAGCAAAAUUCGUCGUCUGAAAUGUCCACCGCCGCCCGUUCCGAUUACCUGUCGAUCUUCACGUCCGUCGCGGAGAUCCCUCGCUUCUUCGUCUCGUACCGCUGGUGGGAAGACGAGGCAACCACCGUUCUGUGGGCAUUCAAUAUCCAAGAGAUCAGCCAUGUGAUUCGCUACGGCCUCUUUCGCGAUGAGAGCCUUCCGCGAAGCUCGUUGUUAAGCCGCAAUGCAGACACAAUCGACAACUUCCUCAUCGCAUUGUCGCAGCCACGAGAACACGAGCUUCUCGCCAAUCUCUCGCACUUGCAGCGCGUUGAGGAAAUUUUGCGUCGUUCGAGUAUUACGCCUUCUAAGUUAGUCCCUUGGUCCUGGUCGCCGCCGUCUCCUGGCCAGUCACUUGACGCGCGCGCAGUCGCGGCGGCUAUUGAAGCCGAGAGUCAUCUUCAUUUUACGCAGAUUGCCUUCGAGGAGAUUGUGCGUGCCUCACUUGGGUACGAAGCAGUUUCUAUUGAAUGGUUCUUGUUACAGCAUACGGCUCUUCAUAUUCACCUUUUGGAUCAUCUGCGCGUCUACCCGGAAGAAAUUCCUCUUUAUCUAGAAGUAGAGAAGCAACUGCGCACCCGGAGUCCAUUUGCCCAUCGGGCUGUGAUUCAAAGUAUAAUAACGAUUCAACCAAAGAGGGACCGCGAGGUGCUUCGCUCGAGCGACCCCGGGUUUGAAUUCAUUUCAGGGCCUAUCCAGACUCUAUUUAGAGAUCAGCCCCCAAGUUUAACGACUAUCCUCAAGAUGUUCACAGUUCUAGCAGUCCGGUUCCAGCGGCAAUACAUCCAUAGUAGGGACAUGAACUGGAAACUCCCAUUCGAUACUUCGAUUGCCUUUUUGGAAUACUGUCUCACUUCUAUGACGGCAGUCGAUCUAGCUCACACUCUAACAAGCACAGACGAGGUCGAUUUUGCGGGUCUAUCGCGAACAAAUCUAGUUGCAGAGGAUGCAGUGGUAAAGCGCAUUCUAGCAGAUUGGCGUACUCUGAGUACCUCGGUGUGGGAAUGCUGCUCCGCACUGCCUGAUUUGAUUCCACAUUUGCAAGAUUGUGCACAGCGUGCGUCCGCACCCUCUUUACAGAAUCUCUAUACUACACGAAACUAUCAUUCCCUGACGGCCCUCCUCGAUGGACUACACAAAUAUAGCAUCUCUACGGCACGAGCUCGGAAUACCGGUUCGAUGGUCGCCCUGGACUCUAGUCUUCCAUCCACCUUGCUUUUUAUCUUCAAUCCGUCCCAAAACUAUUCGGGGUACCGACAGCAUUACAGCGAAUACCCGGGCAUUCCAUUCCUCCUCCCGCAUAUUCGCGACUACAAGCAGAAUGGCGGGUCCGUCCUACAGCCACUUCUCCAAUAUCUACAACGCUCUCUUUCUUUCAAACAGUGA